UUUGUGUUCAACCAUAAAAUUCUCUGGAAUUAUCUUCAGGGAACACUCAGCCCCAUAAAAGAAGGUCCUGCUGAGACAGGAGGAAUUAGGAAGAAGGCUGUGAAGCACCCAGCUUGCAGCACCAUGAAGAGCUUCCCCACAGCUUCCACGCUUUUCCUGGUUUUUAUUCUGUGUGUCCAUCUCGGAGCUGCCAUACGUGGCAGUGAUGUGGCCAAGUUCUGCUGCUUCCAAUACAGCCGCAAGAUCCUUCCCUGGAAGCGGGUGAGCAACUAUGAACUCACCAGGAACAGCUGCUCCCAGCAGGCUGUGAUAUUUACCACCAAAAGAGGCCAGAAAAUCUGUGCAAAACUGAAUGAACCAUGGGUGCAGAAAUAUAUUUCUUUACUAAAAACCCAGCAACAGCACUGACCGCUGAAUUUUCAGUCCAAGACGCCUGGAUCCUGAUCUGCUCUUGGCUCUGCCUCCCUUGACGGAGCCUGAAGAAUUUCUCCACCAGAAGGCUCCAUGGGUCUGGUGGAGAG